AGAAGUAGUUACUUGUACGGAAAUUGUGAGGCCGAGUCUCAAUGUGACUUUUCCGAGGAAUUUUUUGUUUUAAAAUGUUUCUCACCGCUGUCAAUCUCGCUAAGAGCAAAUCCAAGACUGUUCUGGUUCAAAUGAUGAGUGCGGCAGGGACAGGCUACUGCUUCAACACGAAGAGAGGACGGCUGAAAGACAAACUGGUCAUCCGAAAGCACGACCCUUUAGUAAAUAAGCAUGUCCUUUUCUUUGAGAAGAGGAAGAUUCGUUCACUUUAAGCAUGGACCAAACACUGGGACUGGUUAUUUGGAUGCUGAGGAGUAAUUUGGGCUCUGGCUAUUCUUAAACACUGGGCUCAUUUGCAUCGCCACAAAUCAUUGCUAAGGAUUAGACAUUUGAGUAAGAGUUUGAGGACACACUGGAACCGACUGAUCUGUCUUUCCUUCCCAGCAUAAUGGGUUCUGGACCAAGCACUGGUGUGGCUAUCAUAGACAUGUCUAUGUCAGACAUAUUUAAAGUCAUUUUCAUUUAUUUAAAUAAAUAAUACUCAAAUACA